AUGAUCAAAAGGGCAGCUGCUUUCCUGCGUCGCAUUGGACCACAUGUUUGUCUCUCUGGUUUUGGAAGUGGAUGCUGUCCUGGAUGGAUACCAUCUCCAGGGAGCGGACAGUGCACCUUGCCACUCUGUUCCUUUGGCUGUGGCAGCGGUUUCUGCAUAGCUCCCAAUGUCUGCGCCUGCAGGGAUGGAAGGCAAGGUGUCACCUGUCAAGACCCCCCUGGAGUCUGUGGGGAAUAUGGCUGUGACCUCACCUGCAAUCAUGGGGGCUGCCAGGAGGUGGCAAGGGUGUGCCCACUGGGAUUCUCUAUGACUGAGACAGCUAAUGGUGUACGUUGUGUGGACAUUGAUGAGUGCCUGAGUGCUUCCUGUGAGGGGCUUUGUGUGAACACAGAAGGGGGCUUUGUGUGUGAAUGUGGCCCAGGGAUGCAACUUGCUGCUGACCGGCACAGUUGUCAAGAUACUGAUGAGUGCCUAGCAACACCCUGCCAGCAGCAGUGCCAAAACAGUAUCGGCAGCUAUCAAUGUUCCUGCCACCCUGGGUUCUACCUGCAUGGCAACCGACAUUCCUGCAUGGAUGUGAAUGAAUGCCGCCGACCCAGUGAGAAGCGAACCUGCCACCACUCCUGCCACAAUACACUGGGGAGUUUUAUGUGCAGCUGUCAUCCAGGCUACCGGCUCACUGUGGACAGAGUGUCUUGUGAAGGUUUUUCAAAAACCAGCCUGGCCCCUUCUCCCAUUUUACAAUCUCUCCAGCAGCCGCCAACUCUGCUACGCCUUUCUCCAGAAUCCAUAGGGCCUGUCUUGCCCCCCAGGGGUUCCCCUCCUUCCCCAGGACUUGCUCCCUCAAGCGUACCUGGAACCCCAUCUCCUUCCCCACUCCUUCCCAUUCUUUCCGUGCUUCCACCUGCAACUUCUCCCACCUCCACAUCUCCUCCUCGCAGUUCAACUCUUGGCACCUCCUUCUGGCCCAGAACUGCUAGGCCUUCUCUGCCAGUGAGCCCUCUGCCACCACCUCUGCUGCAAAAGAAGGUCAGCCCAUCCCUUCCCCCAAGCCCUUUGACUCCCUCAGUUCCCCCUGAUGCCCUGCCAUCUGGCUGCUGGCAUGGAGGGGUUCUUCAUGAAAAUAGCAGCUACUGGACUGAGUCACCAUGUCUGAAUUGCUCCUGCAAGGGUGGGCAAGUGUUUUGUCGAGCAGUGACAUGUGAAGUUUCCUGUUCUCACCCAAUUCCUCCAGCCCAGGGAGAGUGCUGUCCUAGCUGCACAGGCUGUUUCUAUUAUGGGAUGUCCAGAGUUGAAGGGGACGUAUUCUCUCUCUCUGAGGAGAACUGCACAGUCUGUGUCUGCCUG